UGUUUGGUUUCACAGAUGCUGAAGAAUCGGGGACGAGACCCACGCUCGGCAGUGCCGAGCACGCCUCUGUCCGUCCGUUCUGUCACUUCCCGAUCUCCUAUGGCGAAGCCCGAACCAGACUACGAGGUUGUGGAGUUCCCUUCUGACCAAUAUGUAAACGCAAACAUGCAAGCACCACCGCCGCCUCCGCCUAGACCUCCUACUGGUCACCCAACAGACGCGGGAGCCUCCUGUGGGCUGUGUGGCGGAGGAGGUGCGCGCGUGCGAUGCACUGAAUGCGGUCGACGUGCACUGUGCGCCUCGUGUGAUGACAUGUACCAUAGGCACCCGAAACGGAGACAUCAUCAACGUCAAGCUUUAUCACAUUCACAAAUUCUUGAUGAACGACCCCCGCUGCCACCGAAGGUUGCCCCUCCGGUCCCGCCGCCACGAAGACAUAAGAUAAGUGGCGAAAGAACAAGCGCAAGUCCUCGACCACAAGUUUUGGACCAACGACGAGCUACUCUUAACAUAUCACAGGGAGCGCAUAAUCCAACAAUAACUAAUACCAAUCAUUUUGCAACACAACGCGCUCAUAUCCAACACCCGCAGCCAGCAGUAAUGAAUAUGACAGCACACAUGGGCAGUAUGCCAUACUUGCCUAAUGCAGUCCAUCAUGCAAACGCACCUGUUGCUAGUCAAGAGCACACUAUUGGACAAUUCUCUUCUUGGGGCAGACCACGUGCUUCUCUUUCGGGAUUUAACAUGGCUCAAAAUAUGGUGCAGCAACCACAUCCACUUGAGCCAUGGGAAGGACAAGAAAAUUUGACUACCCAGAGUUGGGGACGCCCGUUAAGGCGUGGAACAUCUGUCAUGGAAUUAGGUGGAGGACCAACAGGUUGUUCUGGAUGCGCUCACUGCGCUGGCAAUCCCUGGCGUUAUGGAAGUUGCGCCAACUUAGAUCACCAGUGGCUUAGUCCAGGCCCAGGGCCUGGUCUUGCUGCCUGGCCGCAAACUUGUUGUAAUCCACACGUAGGCACGCACAACCCUCGAAUGCUUCCUCAAGCACAUAUCCAUCCACCACAAACCCCACAGCCAUAUCGUAGAAUCGAGAGUCGAGCAUCACGUGCAGCUUCACGAGCAGGUUCCCGAGCUGCCUCUCCAGCUUUAAGCGUACGAUCUCGCACGUCACGUCGGUCUAAGCAUCGGACACCGUCUCCACCGUUACCAUCAAGUGAUGCUGACUCUGAGAGUGAAGUAGAAAGCGAUCACCCAGAUAUACAAGAUAAAGAAGAAGAGAACCUGUUAGGCCCCGCUCCACCACCAGCAAUUGCUUCCUGGCAAUGCGAACAUUGCACCUUUGUAAACGAGCCUGGUGUAAGAGUAUGCGCAGUGUGCUGCCGAACACCAACUGUAAAACCGAAAAUUAUUGCCGAUGUUGUUAAAAACGGUGUUACUAAUCUUAAAAUUGCCGAAAGAAAUUCACAUUCUCCUACCUCACCGUCUAACCGUGUAGCUGAGCAAACUCGAAUAAAAAAUGAUAGCAAAAUCAACAAUACCAGAUCUACUAAAGAACGUACGUCUACAGGAUGUGGACCAUCUCCUCCAAGAGAAGAUAAAUCAGUGUCUAAAACUGUAAAUAAACAAACAACUCCUCUCGUAAAGGAACAAAGUAAUGAUCGAAUAGAAUCAAAGCGAAUUCGACAUGAUAUAGCAGUAGGUCCAUCGCCUCCAAAAGAAUUUCAAGAUAGACAGAAAAUAUCUUUAUCAAAAAAUAAUACAACAAAUCAAACCUCAAAUAAAUUUGGAUCUUCUACGAGACUUGAUAGUCCUGUAGACGUACCUAUAAAGUCACAUAGCGUUUCUGUAGGUCCCUCCCCACCAAGAGAUAGUCCCAAGCGUACAAUGUCAUCUCACCAAAGUAACUCCAUAAAUUUUCAAAAAAAGUCCGUUGGAAACUCGCCUCCUCGAGAAAAUGAUGAUAUUCGACCUUCAUCUAAAUCUAGUCGUACUACUACUGGAACUUCUCCACCACCACAGAGUAUUUCAACACAAACUUAUGAAGUCCCGAGUAAUUGGGAGCGAGCUCAAUCAGUAACAAGAUCUCGAUCGAGGCGACGUUUACGGGAUGAGAAUCGGCGAGAAAGAUCACAUAGUAGACUUUCUUUAUCUAGUGAUACACGCGAUAGCGAAAGAAGUGUUCGCACCACUGGUGGCAGGUGGGAAUGGCGAGAGCCCCGUGACAGUAGUCCAAGUGCAGACUGGAGCGAGAGCGAGCGGCAACGAGCCACCCGUCUCACACGACGAGCAUCACAUCUCGAUGUCCGACGACGACCGGCACGACGCUCAAGUGUUUAUGGAUCUGAGGCUCCUUCUCCCGAACCGCUGUCGAAUAAUCGCGCAAUAUCACUCGAAGCACUAGCUGGCUCGAGGCGUGAAGCUGAAAGGGGCUUAGAAUUGGCACGUUUAAUGACAGAAGCUGAAAGAUUAGGUUUUAGUGCAGCUGAAGUUCAUGCAGCGUUAGCACAAAAUCCAGUAGCUCCACUCGCGUGGCUGAGCGAGCGGUGGCCCAGUCUUGUCGCAGGAGUACGCGCCGCCGCUGCCCGGCUCGCACCAGGAGUUACCGUCACGGAUCUCGAAGCUCGCGCGUCUUUAGCGAGACAUAGAGGAGCUAUGUGGCCUGCUGUUAACGAAUGUGUUGAGAGAUAUCGCCGACAGGCAGAGAUGAUGGGUGUCGGUGAAGAAAGUAGAAUGCGGGGUCACGUGUGGGGCCCACCUACAGGUGCAGAUGACGAAGGAGCGCCCCCAUCUGCAUUAUCCGGCCACAUACACCGCACUCGCGCAGAAGACAGUUCAGAUGAAUUUGAAGUAACUACAAAAAAAUUUCAAGACGAUGACUGGAUGUACUUACCAUUAGAAAUAAAUACCAUGACGAAUUAUGAAUUAGAACGACCAAUAAUAAAAGAACACACAAAUGUAACAAACGUAAACACUGGCGUUAACAAUAGCCAAGACAUAGCGGAAAAAUUAAAGACUUUACUAAUUAAAGCUGGUAUACCUUUAGGCGAUGAAAACUUACUUCUCAAAGGUUUGUUGGGCAACCGUUCAUCAAAUUUGAAGGGUAAAAACUUAACACUCACUACAACCUCUACAGAAGACCAGCCUAAUGUACCAGAUUUAAUUCAAUCAGAAAAUGACUUUAUUGCUGCGUAUAAUGCAUUAACAAGAUCGAGCCCAUUACCAAGAUUAAACAAUGAUGUUAACGGAAUAAACGAGAACUUAAAACAAAUUAUUACUGAAAAUGACCAAGAAAAUAUUGAUAAUACAUCAGCAAAUCAAAUAAAAGAUGCAAAUAUAAUAAACAAGUCAAAAGAUACUGAAUCCCAGUUAACUCCUAUUGAUAAAAUGACCAACAAAAAAUUCAAGGAAAUUCAUGAGAAAACAAAUUUAAAUGAAAAAAAUAUUUCAAGUAAAAAUAAUAAUGAAAGUGAAGAACUUGUUCAAAAAGAUCAUACAAAGAAUGUAAAUAAUAAAACAACUAACCUAAACGACAUAGUAGACAAUACGCAAAAAUUAAUUCAACAAAUGAAAAAAGAAAUCAAUUCUGAUAUUAAUUACAUAGACAAUAAUAGCAUUACUCAAAGUGAAGUAGGUGACAGCAGUAAUGAUAUGCAUUCCUCAUCAGAAAAAGAGUCUAGUUUUAGUGAUACGCAUGGUAAUGACACAGAAGACUUAUCAUCCGAUGAAAAAGAUACAUCAACUAGCGCCGAAGAAGACCCAAGUAACCAACUGAACACUCGAAUAUCUGUCCAAAGAACUAGUUCGGAAGAUAAUGAUAAUUUUGAAGAAGCUAUGGAUCAUGUCGAGAAUGAGCUCGAAGAUUUUAAGCAAACCAACAUUGAAAUGCUAAAUUCUAUAGCUAGAAGCUUACAAGAAGAACAUACUAUGACAAUAGAACUCAAUGAGCCAAAACAACAAACAAGAAAUAGUCAAGAUGUAAAUAACAAUUUAUUUGCUGCAGUAAAUUCUUUUGAAGAAAUCUACGCUGAACUUAACAACAAUGGACAAAACAAUGAAAAAAAUAAGGUGCAUAACUAUAUUGAUAGAAAUUACAAGAAAAAUUCUGUAAAUAAUGAUAAUGAAACUAAAGUAACAACAAAAUUAAUUCCUGAAUACACCAGACACAACAUUACUACCUUUUAUUUUAAGCCUGAUUCACCUACUAAGUUAAUAGUUACUGAUCAAAUUCCCCAAUUUUUUACUGCAUACGUAGGAAAUUUGGUUGAUUCAUUAAAUGUGGAAAACAGAAUCUCCCUUGAACCAGAUUUUAGUGAUCGAGCAAAAGAAAUUGUAGAUGAAUCUUUGCAAGAAGUCUUAGAAAAUAAUAUACCCGACGAAGAUAUACAAUCAACGAAAGAACAGAACGUUAUUUUCAAUAACAAAGUUGAAACUUUAGAAGAACAUAAAUCAGUUCCAGUUAUUAUAUCGACAUUAAAUACAAAUAGUGAAAAUACAAUUACGGAAGAUUUAAAUCAGACAAGUUCUCUUAGCCCUAAAGAACAUACCAUUGAAAACACAUUAAUGGAUCGAAAUGCCGAAAUUUUCGACAACAAUAUUUUAAGCGAUCGUAGACACCAAAAUAUUAGCGCUCAAACGGGAAACGAAUCUAGUUUUCACUCACACAGAAAAGAAAACCCAGACAAGGUGCCUUUUGACGGUAAUGAAAAAUUAAAAUCACCUCCUGUAACAAAUAAAUCAAAUAUUCCAAAACUAAUAAAAACGAUACAAAGUCCCAAACAAAAAAUAGAUGGUAAAAAUUUACCUAAACUUAUAACUAGUAAAGUUCCUAUUCGAAGAGCUAGCUUAAAACAGUAUCCUGCACCUAAUCCCCCGAAAGGUCACUUUGGAAAUGUUCAAAGUGGACAGGUUAAGAAAUUGCAAACGAGACUAUUUAACAACAAAGUGAUGAAAACGAACACAGACUCUCCUUCGAUGCCGGAAGUAAUAGCUUCAACUUCUAAAAUAACAAAAAGGAACCCAGCUCCUCAACCUCCUCUAUCACAAGAAUCUAAACAAUCUCAGCAGCAAGAAACAUCUGUCGUAAAGAAAAAAAAUGAAUUUUUUAGAGAAACGUGUCGCACAGAAGAUGAAUGGACUGAUAGUGACAAAGAGGAACAAGUCUUUCAAAUAAAUUUGUAUAAAGAAGAAGAAUCAAUUCCAACACCACUUUCACCAAUACAACCUGUAACUUUGCGUCAAAUUUCUGGUCAACUAAUAGACUUAGCCAAUGUUCGUCUGCCAGAAGGUUCACCCGAGAGACAAGCACGAAUGCUAUUAGCAGAAGGUGCCACAGAAACAUGGGAACAAGCCCAGCUUGCUGUGAAUUUGAUUGCGCAAGGAACAGAUCCUCCUGCGGCUCUUUUGGCUGCAUUAGAAUGUGCAGAUCUCACAUCAGCACUAGUUUACUUACAUCAAGACUGUGAACUUUGUGCAUCUAAAUUUCCAGAACACGAGAUGGUAUCCAUGUUAAGUUGUACACACAGAUGCUGUCGGGAAUGUGCCCGCCACUACUUUACAGUACAAAUUACGGAACGUAGUAUAGUUGAUUGUGUCUGCCCUUAUUGUAAAGAGCCGGAGUUAGAAAACCUUCCAGAAGAUGAUUGGCUUGAUUACUUUGCACAUAUGGAUAUUUUGUUAAAGACGUUAUUGGAUAUAGAAGUACAUGAACUAUUUCAAAGAAAGUUACGUGAUAGGACUCUUGCAAAAGAUCCCAAUUUUAAAUGGUGCGUGGAAUGCUCCUCCGGAUUUUUUGUUCAUCCAAAACAAAAGAAGUUACGAUGUCCAGAGUGCAAAUCUAUUACCUGCUCAAGUUGCAGAAAAAAGUGGACUGUAAAUCAUGACGGAGUAACGUGCGAACAAUACGCCACAUGGCUCGAAGACAACGAUCCUGAAAGAUCUAUAGCAGCUGUACAACAACAUUUACGUGAAAAUGGAUUGGAGUGUCCAAGAUGUCGUUUCAAAUACUCAUUAUCUAGAGGGGGCUGCAUGCACUUUACAUGUACACAAUGCAAGUACGAGUUCUGCUACGGUUGCGGAAAGCCAUUUACUAUGGGUGCGCGCUGCGGUCUGAGUGACUAUUGCGCCAAACUUGGCUUGCACGCGCACCAUCCACGCAACUGUCUUUUCUAUCUGCGUGACAAGGAGCCGCACGAAUUGCAAACUCUUUUACAAAUGAACAAUGUGACAUAUGAAACAGAAGCAACGGAAAGUAGUAACAAUCGAUGUCCGAUACAGUUACAACGUGAGACACCGACUGGACUCGUUGACACCACUUGUGGCAACGAAGUUCAGGCAAAUCAAGCUGGACUUUGCAAGAACCAUUACUUGGAGUACUUGAGCCGACUGGUGCGAAGCCGGAAUAUCGACCCGCUGCCGAUCUUGGGAGUGGACGACUUAGAGACGCUAGUACGUCGAGCAGCCUUGCGACUUCCGCCCCGACCCUACGGCUCGCUCGAAGGCCUCUACAAACGGGGCCUUACCGAGAUCGUCAGAGAAAAGAUACCACUCGACUGAAUAUCCGAAUUUUACCUAUCAAAGAAGAAAUCAAAGAAUCGUCGAUUUCUUUAGCUUGCAUUAUAUCAUUAAAACUUAUUUGAUUUUCGUAUAGAAUAUUUUAAUUUAAAUUAAUUAUAAAGUA